UCUUCUCUCUCUCUCUCUCUGUGAUCUCUCCCUCAGUCCAAACGCUCCUUUCCUCUCCAUACUCCCGAGUCCACCACCACCACUCCUCCAAGAUAAUCCCCAUCCCAUGGACCAACUCUCCGCGGGGCCUCUCGUCCCCGCCGUCAAAUCCGACCUCCCCAAGCCCCCGGCCACCGCCUCUGAUACCCCGUCCGCCGAGCCUUUCAUGUCUGAACCCGACAAGGAUUUCUUGUGCCCGAUUUGCAUGCAGAUCAUCAAGGAUGCUUUCCUCACUGCUUGCGGCCAUAGCUUCUGCUAUAUGUGUAUCAAUACUCACCUCCGCAACAAGAGUGAUUGCCCUUGUUGUGGCCACUACCUCACCAGCAAUCAGUUGUUCCCUAAUUUCUUGCUUCAUAAGCUACUUAAGAAGACAUCCGCUUGUCAAGUAUCAAAAACCGCCUCACCUGUGGAACAUUUUCGGUUGUCAUUGCAAAAGGGUUGUGAUGUGACAAUUAAGGAGGUAGACUCCCUUUUGUUCCUUCUUGCUGAGAAGAAAAGAAAAAUGGAACAAGAAGAGGCUGAGAGAAAUAUGCAGAUAUUACUAGACUUCUUGCAUUGUUUAAGGAAGCAAAAAGUUGAAGAACUGAAAGAGGUGCAAACUGAUCUCCAGUUCAUAAAAGAGGACAUAAGUGCUGUGGAUAAACAUAGAAUGGAAUUGUACCGUGCAAGAGACAGGUACUCCGUGAAAUUGAGGAUGCUUGAUGAGUCUGGAUCAAGAAAGUCUUGGCAUUCAUCGAUGGAUAAGGCUAGCGGUGGCCAUUUGUCUAGUCCUCUAAACAUGAGAGGAGCGUUGUCUUCUGGAAGUCUUCCAAAGAAACUUGAUGGAAAGGGCCAAGUAAGCUCACAUGGAAUCCAGAGAAAAGAAGCUAUUAGUGGAUCAGAUUCCCAAUAUUUAAAUCAAUCCAGUCUUGCUUUAAUUAAAAAAAAGCGGGUGCAUGCACAGUUCAAUGAUCUGCAAGAAUGUUACCUACAAAAACGACGACAUUUAGCAGAGAAGCCUCAUAACCAACAAGAAAAAGAUAAAAAUGUUAUAAACCGAGAGGGUUAUGCUCCUGGUCUUUCGGAGUUUCAAUCAGUCUUGACAACUUUCACACAAUACAGUCGACUGAGGGUCAUUGCUGAAGUUAGGCAUGGAGAUCUAUUUCAUUCAGCCAACAUAGUGUCAAGCAUAGAGUUUGACCGUGAUGAUGAGUUGUUUGCUACCGCUGGAGUUUCCCGUCGCAUAAAAGUUUUUGACUUCUCAACUGUUGUUAAUGAACCUUCAGAUGCACACUGUCCUGUUGUGGAGAUGUCUACGCGCUCAAAACUUAGUUGCUUGAGUUGGAACAAAUAUGCAAAGAACCACAUAGCUAGUAGUGAUUAUGAAGGAAUUGUAACUGUCUGGGAUGUAACCACUCGUCAGAGUAUAAUGGAAUAUGAAGAGCAUGAAAAGCGUGCCUGGAGCGUUGAUUUUUCAAGAACAGAUCCUUCUAUGCUUGUUUCUGGCAGUGAUGACUGCAAGGUUAAAGUCUGGUGCACAAAGCAGGAGGCCAGUGUCCUCAACAUAGACAUGAAAGCAAACAUAUGUUGCGUCAAAUAUAAUCCAGGGUCUGGAAAUUACAUUGCAGUUGGUUCAGCAGACCAUCACAUCCAUUACUAUGAUUUGAGAAAUAUCAGCCGUCCACUCCACGUCUUCAAUGGCCACAGAAAGGCUGUUUCUUAUGUAAAAUUUUUGUCUAAUAAUGAACUUGCAUCUGCAUCAACAGAUAGUACGCUGCGAUUAUGGGAUGUAAAGGAAAAUAUACCGGUUCGUACUUUCAAAGGGCACACGAAUGAGAAAAAUUUUGUUGGUCUCACAGUCAACAGCAAUUACAUAGCUUGUGGCAGUGAAACAAAUGAAGUGUUUGUAUACCACAAGGAAAUUUCCAAGCCUGUGACUUGGCAUAGAUUUGGUUCACUUGAUAUCGAUGAUGCAGAAGAUGAGGCAGGGUCUUACUUCAUCAGUGCUGUAUGCUGGAAGAGUGAUAGCCCCACCAUACUAACUGCAAAUAGUCAAGGGACCAUUAAAGUGCUGGUUCUUGCGACUUGAACAUGCAACAAGGAAAUAUCCAAGAGAAAGCCGGCUUGGUAUUUUCUUUUUCUUUGCAUUGUUUUGCCCCAUUUACUAUUUGUACAUAGCAUUUAAGUGAAUAGGGUAGGUUGUAGAAAUCACAAUUAUGUACAUCGAAAGCAAUUUAUAUGCAAUAGUUUUGACAAAAGAAGCAUAAGCUAUUGCGCCAGCUCAAUAUCCAUUUUAUCCAAUAUUCAUUGGCCUAUCAUUGAGUAUUUGAGUUCAAUAU